UUCAUGGUCACAGCCCAUCUGCUGAGCCACAGAAGGGAAAGUUUGCUCAGAUGGCAAACUGACAGCAGGACAUGGAGCUCACAGGAUUAACCACGAAACAAAAUAAGUCCUAGUCUGGUUGACGGGUUUAUUUAUUUAUUCAUUCAUUUUUAAAGAUUUUUAACAGCGUUACAGAAACCUAAAGUUCCCGUUUUCUGAAAACAACCCAGCUUUUCUUGCGAAGACGAGGACUCGGGAACCUCAGACAGAAAGGGGGAGAAUGAAUAGGAGUGAGCUAACUGGCUAAUUAGCAGCGUUAGCUUCUAUUUCCAUGUCAAGCUUCGCCGCGGAUAUUAGUCAACAUUCUUCGUUUGUCUUUAAAGAAAGAAAAUUACAAUAAGGAAACUCCUGGAAGAAAUUUCGCCGACAGAAGUCUUGUCCAGUCUAAUGGUUUUGUUUCCAAAUACAAAAAGCGCCUUAAAAUGAAGAGAAUGUGUGUGUAAAUCAUGGCUUGUUGUAAAGUUACUAUUUUGAAAUCCAUCUAAGGAGACAGUUUGAUUGAAUAAUGCUGCAGGAACUGGGAAUUGGAAACAUCAAUGUGUGUUACUACAAACUGGCAACAGUGAACCCUAUCAACCUGUCCUGAGGGUGGGGCAUUUAUCCUGAAUAGAUUUACCAUUCUGCUGAGUAUUUUAUCCUGUCCAGCAAUGUUAGACAGAUGCAUGGGCUUCCUGCAGUGAUGUCUGUGCAGUGAGGACUGGCUUGCUCUGUGGCCUGCUCGCCAUGCUGGCCCUGGGAGUAGACUAUGGCAAACCAGGCGGUGGAAGAGGAGGAGGAGGAAGAGCAGCAACUGCAUGCCAGUUGCCUGUUUCAGGGAGAGUAUUGCCACGGGAUUCUGGCAUCAGCAUCAAGCAGAAGAUCUCACAGUGGGAGGUGCUCAGCCAGCAGGAAGAUGCACAUGGAGGGAGGCCCAAGGCUCAGGGCACCCCUGUCUCACACACUCGUUCUGGGGAUGUAAGAAAUGGCAUUCUCUUGGACAAUAAAACUGAUGGACUGCAUGGUAAAGCUAACCUGUCUAAAGCCAAAAGCCUGGGUUUGGAUUUCAGGGAAAACCAGACUGCUCACGGACAGUUCACAGUGGCACGGAAAUCCGAACCCGAGUAUAACCGACCGCUUUUAAACGAAGGUGUAUUCUCAACUCCUAGGACUAAGUCAUCGCCAGGCCUGACCCGUGCGCAGCAUCCUGUAAACAAACGUGAUGCUUCAAAGCAGAAAAGCUUCGAUAACGAUGCCAUUGACCAUGUCCUGGACGACGAUAUCCCAUCUCUGCCCGAGGGUGAUGAAGAUCCCGAUGACUCGCUGCCCCCUGGGAACUUCUACACCUCUCGGGGCUUUUGGAGGAGGCUUGAGGGUGAGGAUUUUCCCUGGAAGAGGGAUACAUAUUCCUCACCCAUGUCUAAGCAUCGUACCUUAGCGAGUGCUGAACUGAGCCCCCAGAAUCUCAUCACACCACCACCUAAACCACAACGCACAUUCGAGUACCAAGGGGCCAACAAAUCACCUCCGUAUUUAGACCAGUGGGAGAAGACAAACUCUUCUGUGAGCCAGACAAAACAGCUCAGAAAGCGUGAUGUCAUAUGUGCACCCAAUGUCCCACCUCCCCCAUGUCCUGUCGCCAACAGCAAUGGCAUUUCCAGAAACAGAAAGAACAGGAAGUCAUUUGAAUUUGAAGAUGUGGUGCGCUGGACAGCUCAGCAGGGGUCCAGAGAGACAGAGUCACGGCGCUCAGGGCUGUACCACACCCGGUCACAAGACAGCGUCUAUGAAGACAUCAUAUCGGACGUGUUAAGGGAGAACCCAUAUGAAGACAUCAAACUGUCUCCUAUGUGUCUUCCUAUCAUGCGGUCCCGAAACUGGACCGUUACACAGAGACGGACGCCGUGCACCCCAAAGCUGCCUCAGAAACCCUUUACGCUGCGAGGCAAUGCUGACAGCCUGAACGAGGUCUACAAGCAUUCAAUGACGUCGCCACUUCAUUCCUCUACUCUGAGCACACCUAAACCAUCAGCGUCAAAGAGGGCUACCGCCUACAGAACGCAGCGCCAGCCUCAGUAUGUGAGCAGGAUCCAAGAGAUCUUCCAGGCCAAGAGAGGAAAAAAGAGAGUGAAAAGCCAGACAAGUGCCAGCAGAGAUGAAUUGAGUGGAACAGAGAGCGAUCCAGAGGAGAGCACUAAAAAAGGUGGCUCCCAGCGCCUGGUGUAUGUGCAGUCCACUUUGAAGAGGAGACCGGGGUAUCGCACCCUGGAGAGAGAUCUCAUCCAGCUACAGGAGCAACAACUCUUCCAGCUGUUCGUUGUGGUGUCACUUAGAAAACGCUCCCCCGGAAAUGCGUACUACCCAGAAAUCACGCAACAGUUCCCCACUAAGUUUGAGAAAACCACUCGUAUGUCUCGUGAGACUGAGGAUCGGUUGAAAGCCAUUCCUAAUUUCUGCUUCCCAGAUGCUCAGGACUGGAGACCAUCUGCAGACAUCAACAGUGAAACAUUUUCGUUUGUCCUCACGGGAGAGGACGGAACCCGAUGGUUUGGUUAUUGUCGGAAAAUCUUGCCCCGGGGAAAGGGGAAGAGGCUACCCGAGGUUCACUGCAUCAUCAGCCGGCUUGGUUGCUUCAAUUUGUUUGCAAAGAUCCUGGAGGAGGUUGAGAGGAGGAGAGAGAUCUCUCCUGCACUGGUCCACCCGUUUAUGCGCAGUGUCAUGGAGGCUCCGUUUCCUGCCCCAGGACGCACCAUCACUGUGAAGAGCUUUCUGCCUGGCUCUGGCAAUGAGGAGCUGACACUGUGCCGCCCGGUGGACUCACGUCUGGAGCACGUGGAUUUUGAGAGUCUGCUGCAGUGUCUGAGUGUGAGCAGGCUGCUGCAGGUUUUUGCUUCUCUGUUGCUGGAGAGGAGAGUCAUCUUCAUCGCAGAUAAACUCGGCACAUUAUCUCGGUGUGCACACUCAGCUCUCGCUCUGCUCUAUCCUUUCACAUGGCAGCACACCUUUGUCCCCGUGCUGCCUGCCAACAUGCUGGACAUUAGCUGCUCUCCAACCCCCUUCGUCAUGGGAGCACUGUCUCCGUCCCUGGACCAGCUGUUGGAUUUGCCCAUUGAGGAGGUGCUUAUCGUGGACUUGUGUGCGGACAAGUUCGUCGUGCAGAUGGGAGAUGAAGACUGCAUCCUUCCCAGUAAGCUCCAAGCAGCUCUGCAGGAAGUCCUGGAGAGUCGGGAGGAGAUGCUGGAACACAGCAAAGAGGACACGAUGGGAGAGGAGUGCAGCCUGAGUGCUCUGUUGUCCGAGGCGUUUGUGAGGUUCUUCGUGGAGCUGGUUGGACAUUACCCGCUGCACAUCAACGAGACGGGAUACAACGGUGUCCGUGAGCUCAACAGAGAAACCUUCAGGAAGUCACAUCCGUCCCGAGGCGUGCGCCAGUUCCUCCAGUUGUUCAUGGACACGCAGAUGUUCGCCGGCUUUAUCCAGGACCGAGAGCUUCGCAAGGGGGGCGUCAAGGGCCUGUUUGAAGUGCGAGCAGCAGAAUAUCUGGCCUCCUGUCCUGAGCCUGAACCCAGCGGAGUCAACAAAUUUCUCAAGGGACUCGGGAACAAAAUGAAGUUCUUACAGAAAAAGUGAGGGAUUGCCUAAGCAGAGGGAGGGGGGGGAAAAAGCUAAGUGUGGCGUGCCAAGCGAGAUGGAGCGCUGAGAGGGAGAGCUGUGAGUCACUGCACCGAUCGUUUGCCUUCGGAGAAAACUGGACCGGCUGGGUGGAGACGAGCUCGAGCCUGAACCGUGCUCGCUUCGUCCUGAUGGGAACGCCUGUGCAAUGCUUUAACAUUGAAAUGUGGACGCAGAGUAGUAUUAUUGUUAUAUAUAUAUAUAUAUAUAUAUAUAUAUAUAUA